GACACGUGAGGGGGCGUGGCUUUCCUGGGCCAAUAUGGCUGCCGUGUCGCAUUUCCUGAACGGUAAAGUUUGAUCAGCUACCUGUUAGCGUCUGUGCGGACGGAGGUUGCCUGUUGGGACGAGUGUUCCGGUGAGACACCUCACCUGUCAGAACCGGUUUACUCAGGUUACUUUUAUCUCUACGGCUCGUUCGUCAGCAGCCUGAAGAAGCCAUGUCCUCUCCAGAAAUCGCGUCCCUGUCUUGGGGCCACAUGAAGGUGAAGGGAUGCUCAUCCAGCUACAAGGACUGCAAGGUCUGGCCUGGAGGCAGCCAGGCCUGGGACUGGAGGGAGACCGGGACCAAUCACUACCCCGGAGUCCAGCCCGCCGACCUGGAGGAGGUUCUGAAGAAGGGAAUAACCCUGCUGGUCAUCGGCAGAGGCAUGAGUGAAGCUCUGCAGGUUCCUGCUUCCACUCUGGACUUUGUGACGCACCGCGGCGUGGAGGUGCGCGUCCUGCAGACGGAGAAGGCUGUAGCCGAAUACAACAAACUGGCAGUCCAGGGCGCCAAAGUGGGCGGGGUUUUCCACUCCACCUGCUGAUGUUGCGUUGGAUCUGAACCCCCGGUUGGCUCGGUUACGGUUUAAACGGCCGAACGUUUCUGGAUCUGUGGUUUCUUCUUAAGAACUUUAGAGGAUUUAAAUAAAAACAAACCACUUUAAAAGUGAAGCCGUUCAGCAGGAGAUGCACUGGAAGCGUGUUUGUGUGUAACAGAUGACUGACGGGACCCUGCUGGGGGCGUUUCUAACCCAGAACGGCUUCAGGUUCUGCAGGAGAUCUGAAUAAAACUUUGGAUUCAACAGAAA